AUGUUGGGCGAAGCUGCUUCAGUAGAAGCUGCUGUCGGCCUCGACGCGGUCGGCGACGGCGAAAAACAGUUCCCCGUCUCUGCUUCCUCCCCUGUUCCUAAAGGAGAUACAGCGACUUCACUCACGUCUUCUCUCUCUUCGUCUUCCUCUCCCUGUUCUCUCUCUUCUUCUCCUUCCUCCUGUACUGUCUCGAGGACUCCCUCUUCUUCUUCCUCCUCUUCGGCUGCUCCUUGUUCUCUCGCUCUUUCUCUCUGCUCGUCUCCCUCGUCGUCUGUCCCUCUGAAUCGCGUGACGUUGGAGAUUUCGUCUGCAGAUCUUUUGUCCUCGCCGCCGACGCCUUCGUCGAAGCCGCGCAGCGCAUGCAGCACGGUCGACUGCGCUGAGAUUACCCAGGAGGAAGAGGAAGCCGAAGACGACGCAGCAGACGAGGAAUGUUGUACUGAAGAUGAAGAAGACGAAGAAGAAGAAGAUGAAGAAGAAGAAGAUGAAGAAGAAGAUGAAGAAGAAGCAGUUGAAGGAGAAGAUGAAGACUGGAGAAGACGAAGUGUCUGCUCUCCAGAUAAACGGCGUGAGGGAAGAGACGAGGAGGAACGAGGUGGAGAUGCCUUUGCGACAGAAGAAAAAAGGAGGCGAAUGGGGAGGCAGAGAAGAACGCAGAGGCCCUUGACAGAAAACGAAGUCUAUGCUACUCUCAGCCGUCGUCUGGGCGUCGACGACCUGCUCCGGCGAUACAGCCAGAGAGCCGCGAAAGCAGAGAGGAAGGAACAGGAAGCGCAGGCGCAUCGCGAGGAAGAUGAGAUUGACGACAGGGACGAAACUCGAAAGCGAGAUUUGCCUUCUCUCGGGGACCUCACCUUUGCCUUCUGCAACCUCCAGCACGACUCUGAAACAAAUCAAAUCUCCUUUGCUCCCCUCCCAGUAACCAAUGCUUCUGCUUGUUCUCCAUCUCCUUUAUCUCGUUCAUCGUGUCUCUGUGGGGCUUCCGAAUCUUCGAUCUGCACCUGCAAGGCUUCGCCUUCCGGCAGUAUGCCUCGAGGCCCAGCAGUCUAUACAGCCUGGCCAGACGAAGAUGUCUGCAGAUUUCUCCGCUCUCAGCAUCGCCGCGGAUGGCGGCGGCCGCAUCGGGCCGCUUCUCCUUCCGGUGACAGACUGCCACAGUCUCCCCUUGCACAGUGCCCAUCUUCCUCCGUCUCUUCUCUUCCCGCUUCCUCCGUCUCUUCUCCUCCCGCUUCCUCCGUCUCUUCUCCUCUUGCUUCCUCCGUCUCUUCUCCUCUUGCUUCCUCCGUCUCUUCUCCUCCCGCUUUCUCUGCUCCGUGUGCGUCUGAUGCGCAUGCAUCGCCUCCGGGUGGUUUGAUCGACUCUGCGCCCCGCGUUUGCUUGCCCUCCUCUUCUCCGCGGCCUGACGCGAAGGCUGCGCCUUCUUCGCGCUGCUGUGCGUCUUGUUCUGCUGGCCAGGGAGAGACACUGCAGAGGCGGGCGGUCCACGCAGCGCUUCUGGCGGUGCUUCGCCGCGGCGUGAUGCGCGCUGCGCGCAUGCAGAAAGUUAUUGCCAUUUGCACCUUCCUGGAUCUCCUCAGCAGCACCGAAAUGCAAGAUAUCUUCGUCGAUCUGCUCUUCUCUGCGCCUCCCCUACGAGACGCACCGCCUCCGAAGGCGUACCUCGUUUCGCUUCUCAAGUGUCUCUACGUCGCAGCCGAGCUGCGCCAGUUGCCUCUUUCUGAUCGAUUUGCGGAAGCCAUUUUCGAGCAUGUGAGUGCGUACAGCAAAAGCGAUGACAUGGAUGACAAGCCGUUUGUGGCUUAUGAGACUCUCGACGUCGCCCGCCCCCCUCAGGUCUUCACCUUCCGCAUCUUGCCGUGCCGUAACGAGCUCGGCAUGCGCACAUGGACUGCAGGAUUCUUCCUCGUCGAGUACCUCGCCACCUACGGCCAUCAAUUUCGCUGUCUCUCGUGUCUCUGUCCUUCGCUCGCUGCGUCUCCUUUGCCUCAUGGCAACUCGACUCUCCUGUCUUCCUGUUCUUCCCUUCGAUGUUCUGCUUCUGUCGCCCCUUUUUCUCUCUCUUCGUCCUCUCUUGUAUCUGGUUCGUUUUCGACGUUUCGCGCAUGCUGUUGUGUCGAGAACGCGAAGGGAGGGAACUUGCAGAAUGGAAAGAACUUCGAGGGAGGUCAAAAGCGGCUUUCCUGGAGUCGGCAGAUGCUAGCGAAAAUCGAGGCUGCGCAGCCUCGAAAGCUCAGUAGGGUGCCUCCCAAAAGGCACGACCCUGAAGGGAAAAGAGACAGUGGUGACGAUCGACACGGUCGCAGCGAAACAACUGCGGCAGACAAUCGAAGAUUCGAUUCUCUCCCCACUAUUGCUUCCUCUUCUUCUCGCUCUCCUUCCGCGUCUCGUCUCACUUCCUCUUCUUCUGUCUCUUCUUGUGCUUGUUGUCGAGCAUUUGCUCCUUUGAGUGUGUUGGAACUUGGCAGUGGCUUGGGGGUGACAGCGUCGGUUCUCUGCGCCCCCGCGCUGCCGAGAUGCGUCUCGGGUGAGGCGUCUCACUCGACGUCACCAAGGGCAAACGAUGGAGAAGCGCUGGAGACAGUAUCCAAGAAUUCGGAUUCUUCUGUCUCUUCUUCCUCUUCGUCUUCCUCUUUCUCUGUUUCUUCUUCUGCUCCUUCUUCGCAGGCGUCGCUUCCCUCGUUACGCUACACUGGAGAUGCUCGACUCUCUGCUUGCUGUGUGUACGUCGCCUCCGACUUUAUGCCGAGCAUUUUGGCGAAUUGUUCCUCGAAUUUGAGCCGAAACGCCGUCGAACUUUCUGCAAGGACUCCUCGUGGCGGAGCGCCGAAGCGAGGAGAGGCGAGCGCACACGCGACGAACUCUGGAAGCGGAGAAACGACAGGAAAGGAGAGAGAGAAGAGAGAGAGAGAGGAAACGAUGGUGGAGACUUAUGGAGGCGGAGUAAAGAAAGAUUUGCAAGAGGGGAUGGACGAAGCAGAGAUGACGUUGGCGCGUGGAAAAACAGAGAGUGGAGAAGAGCGAAAGCAGCAAAGUUCUGCUCUGUCUCCACAAGUGUUCCUCGAGCUUUUCGACUUCGCUGACGCCCAACGACGAGCAACUCCGCUGCUGCAGAAGAUCUGCGAUGAAAGUCGGCGAGAAGCCAAGCGACGGCGGCAAAGGUUCUGUCCUACUCCGUUUGUCUCUGCUUCACCUCCAUCCUCUUCGUCUCCCGCGCAAGCUCCGUGUUCAGACCUCACGUCGGGCGUUCUCCUCGUUGUCGGCGCAGACCUCAUUUACGACGAAGGCCUCAAUGCCCUGUUAGCCAGUGCUCUAGCGACUCUUCUUCGAUGUCCACUCGAAGACGAGAAGGACGAAACCGGGGAGGCCUGGACUCUCAACGUGGAAGGCGAGGAGCGAGGGAAAGGGAGGGAAAAAGAAGGAGACAAAAGCGAGAAGAACAGGCAGACGGAGAAGGGUGAGAAGCGAGGAUGCACGACUGUAGAAUGGCGCCGCAUUGCCGUUCUCUGUUCCGCCGUCAGAGAGGAGGCAACUCGCGAGCACUUUCUGAGGGAACUGGAGAAACACGAUCUUCUCCACAUCGAGGACCGACGCCCCGUCGCGCGCAUCCUGCCGUACGAGAGACGGCGAAUCGUCGUGGACAUCAUCGUCCCGCGGGAGGCGAUGUAA